AUGUCGGAGGUAGUCGAUCUUGCCGGCGUUAUUGGAACAUGGGUAGGAGCAGGAGUCGGAGUCAUUGCCCUCAUAGGGAUUGUCGGCCCUGUUCUUAUUUGGCUCGCCUCUAGAACAGAAAGGCAGCAGACGCUCAACGCUAUGGGGAGAGAGACGAAUGCCUACAUCUCACCGGGAUACCACUUAGGACCAAACAUCUAUUUAUUCCAACGGGUACAAGCGCCGCUCUUGAAAACUUUUAGCCACCCAAAUCCUUCUUCACCGGCCACUGCGCUAGACAGCACAUUGUUGAAGGAAGUUGAUACGAACUCUACUUGGAUUCUGUUUAGUGUUUUGAUUGAAGCGUAUGGGUUCAACCCGCCUCGAGGGGAUAGCCUCAUAGUUAAAGACCGAAAGACAUACCUCCCCGUCAAUCGUCUCUGGAUCCUUUACAUCGGGUUGCUUGGGAGAUACACCACGGAGGGAGACUCAAGGCGCUCACCGAGUAAGAGAAACACAGUGUUCAAUCUUCCAAAUGUUACUGGUCAUAGGGCCGAGCUUCAACGCGCUCCGAUUCGAUCUCAGAGGCUAGGAAUCGGAUCAGAGGUCGAACUCGGAUCUGCUGAUUGGCCGUCUGUUACGCUCUACGGUAUUACGGGAAAUUUGCAGAUUUUCAAUCAGAGUCAGAGGCCAUCAGCCAGAGAUAUUCCAGUCCUAGUUUUCCGUCCCGCCCCUAUUAAUGAGAUCCGAGGAAUACAGAAGGAUACCCUGUCACCCAAAGAUCUGCUUCUCCUCGCGAUAGGAUUCCUGCCCCUAUCUGAAUCUAGCUGCGUCUGCUUAACGGCUAGUGUCAAUUUCGGCAGCGACACGGAUGAUUUUGAAGAACACAGGCAUGAGAGAAGAAUCAGUACACGUAAAAGGGAACCUAUGCGUAGUUAUAUCCGCAAUGGCCCACGAGAAGUGAAUCCCGUGGAACUACAGUCGUCCAGCGUCGGCGAGAUUUCCAACAUAGGAAGCGGGUUUCUUUCGACUCGCAACCACACCUGGUACGGGUUCGAGACGAUUAACAACGCUACCGCCCAGGAAGCGGUCGACCAUCUUUGGGGCUUUACUUACGUGCCCACGAGUUCCGACUGGAUCCGCGUUUUCGAUUCCCAGCCGGAAGCCUACAUGCGUCGGAAAGAGGCGCAAGAACUGGCACUUGCCUUGUUGAAGCUUCCGUGCCACCCGGAGGGAUAUCUCCUCGGCGGGACAAGUCGAAAAGGGACGGCCAGGCACCUUGUUUCGAUGCUGGUUCGGCUGGAGCAGAAAACCGACAUCUUAAAUCUUUCUCAGCAAGACAAGCAAAAGCUAAACAGAGUACUGGACCCUGCACUACAGUUUCUGGAUAAAGAGAACGUAUCCCCAAGAGCUUUCCAGGUGAUAUAUGACCUGGAUCUAGUUGUCGUCGGUAUUCUGGCAAUCACCAAUCCUGAAUUCUUGGUACUCGUUCGGCAGUCGCUAAGGAAUAUCAGCGAAAGCACGAACUCGACUGUUCAAUUAGAUAUGUGGUCCAAAACACUAAAGGUGCCAUCUGCGUUUGGUGUCUUCGAAUCGUUCAUCGUCGAUUGGGAUUUACUCCGUCCCGAUGAUCCCCGAACACAUGAAAUUGUCGAAAUAAGCCAUACCGUCAUAGCUUUAGCGACUAUAAGAGCGAUUUUAAGAUGUAAAAUGUUAAGUAUCUGUUUUGAUGCGGAUCCGUUGAUUAGCGUGGUCGGAGAAUGGGAAGACGUUAUACACAUUCAGUAAUGAUACCAGUUCUCAAAUCCAGCAAUACCUAUUAGUUGGGGUAAUAUUUUAUGAAUACAAGACAUAAAAACAUAGGUAUCCGAUGAGGUACCUACUGGUGCGUAUCUCCGUUGUGGCCCUACAU